UUUUUUCUGUGAAUUAUCCCUACCUACGACAAAUCGACCUGCUAAAACGACCCGCCAAACCGCUCCGAGCAACAACGCAAGCAGGACUAAAACCACCUACGUGAAGAUCUUAUCUUGCAAUCAAUUGCUUCGAACACAAUGACGAUCGCCAUGAGCUGCAUGCCGGACACUUCCGCCGCACCUGCUGAGGCGAUUUCUUUACAAUUCCAAUUUUCGCAGGGCGAGACGCCGGACUUGGCCGCGUCGACGUGUGGCCAAGACCUUGGUCCACCCACGGCAAAGAAGGACGGACCCAAGACGAGCGACAAACCCGUGCCCACGGAGGUGCACAACUACAUGAAGCGCGCCGGCAAGCGCAAGCAGGUGGUAAUGCGCCGCUACAAGAAGCUGGAGCUCCGCUACACCUGUCAGCUGAGGAACAACAAGAAGACCAAGUUGGGGGCCGCCGCCGCGGCCGCCGGGGCGCAGACCCUUGGCUUUGUGUCGGUCAUGGUUGAUGGCGUGCAGGCGGUACGUCCCUCGGCGCCCCAAAACUUGCUGAAGCAGAAGGCGGCGCGCCUGGAGGAGCAGCAGCAUCGUGUGGGAGGUGGGGCCGCGGCUGCUGCUGACGCAAUGUCCGCGAAUGUUUCGUCCGACGAGGCAGCCAUGGCUGAUGGACAUGUUGACGGAAACUUUUCUGUGGAUGAUGCGGGCGAGGGACGAUCUGACGCCACGGCCUCCCCGGCAGAAGAUGCUGACCCCGGCUAG